CCUCACCUCGCUCAUCAACUCAUCCCUGACCGCUGGCUACGUCCCUUCCGUCUUCAAGAGAGUGAGAGUUGCACCCCUUCUGAAAAAACCUACACUCGAUCCCUCCGAUGUCAACAACUACAGACCAGUAUCCCUUCUUUCUUUUCUCUCCAAAACCCUUGAACGUGCCGUCCUUGGCCAGCUCUCCCGCUAUCUCUCUCAGAAUUACCUUCUUGAUCCAAAUCAGUCAGGUUUCAAGACUAGUCAUUCAACUGAGACUGCUCUUCUCUGUAUCACGGAGGCGCUCCGCACUGCUAAAGCUAACUCUCUCUCCUCUGCUCUCAUCCUUCUAGACCUAUCGGCUGCCUUCGAUACUGUGAACCAUCAGAUCCUCCUCUCCACCCUCUCCGAGUUGGGCAUCUCCGGCGCGGCCCACGCUUGGAUUGCGUCCUACCUGACAGGUCGCUCCUACCAGGUGGCGAAUCGCAUCUCUGCAUGUCUGGCAGACAUAUCAGUGUGGAUGACGGAUCACCACCUCAAGCUGAACCUCGGCAAGACGGAGCUGCUCUUCCUCCCGGGGAAGGACUGCCCGUUCCAUGAUCUCGCCAUCACGGUUGACAACUCCAUUGUGUCCUCCUCCCAGAGCGCUAAGAACCUUGGCGUGAUCCUGGACAACACCCUGUCGUUCUCAACUAACAUCAAGGCGGUGGCCCGUUCCUGUAGGUUCAUGCUCUACAACAUCCGCAGAGUACGACCCUGCCUCACACAGGAAGCAGCGCAGGUCCUAAUCCAGGCACUUGUCAUCUCCCGUCUGGAUUACUGCAACUCGCUGUUGGCUGAGCUCCCUGCCUGUGCCAUUAAACCCCUACAGCUCAUCCAGAAUGCCGCAGCCCGUCUGGUGUUCAACCUUCCCAAGUUCUCUCACGUCACCCCGCUCCUCCGCUCUCUCCACUGGCUUCCAGUUGAGGCUCGCAUCCGCUACAAGACCAUGGUGCUUGCCUACGGAGCUGUGAGGGGAACGGCACCUCAGUACCUCCAGGCUCUGAUCAGGCCCUACACCCAAACAAGGGCACUGCGUUCAUCCACCUCUGGCCUGCUCGCCUCCCUACCACUGAGGAAAUACAGUUCCCGCUCAGCCCAGUCAAAACUGUUCGCUGCUCUGGCCCCCCAAUGGUGGAACAAACUCCCUCACGACGCCAGGACAGCGGAGUCAAUCACCACCUUCCGGAGACACCUGAAACCCCACCUCUUUAAGGAAUACCUAGGAUAGGAUAAAGUAA